AUGCUCGAGGCGACUCCAAACGACGCUUCUUUGAGGUGUUUUGAAGUCGAUGCUGACAACACUUUCGGGACACCGACACAAUCAAACCACAGGAGCUCUCCCCAUAUGUAUCCUGGCCUACUUGCCACUGCUCAAGAUUCCUUCCCCAUCAGCAAUGGGCAGAGUCCUCAGCUCUCGCCAGGACACUCGUUUACUACCGGCCUUGGCCUAGCUGGUUCUUCUUCUGAUUGGCUUCAGCAAGAGACCAAUGCGGCCAAUAAUGACAGCCUGAUUUUCAGCUCCUCCGGUCGAUACAACCCCGGUCUGAACCACUACCCGCACUCUGCCGCACAAACACGGAUGACGGUAUACGAUACCCCUCAACAGCCACACGAGCGCGGGGAUGGCGAGUGUCAGCAUGGUCCAUACUCUGGGGAUCAAUUGUCGACGCAGCUAUUUGAGAAUCGCUUCUCAAACAUCCCAGUCACCCAGUCCUACAACUCCUUGGGCCAGCCACAUGCUUAUACCUUCAGCCAGCCUGAUUCAGGAAUCCGCUCUGGACACUCCUCGAAUGGUAGCACUCCCAUAGCCGCUUGCUCUGAUGUCCAGGACAUGUGCGAGGGCCGAGAACAUGGAAGAGAUUGUAACCGUUGCACCAGUGGUCAUAACAAUGCCCCGAAGCCAUUUGUUUGCGUUCCUGCGAGCUUCAUCGAACUCAUCCAGCAGGGUAGCACUAUGUUGCUUGCCCUUCACACAAUUCAUCUUAGGUCUUCGAACGGCUUUCGUCAAGCAAUCAGCAUACCUUUUGACAUAAAUGUACAGCAACUCCUUGGCUCCAUCAACGCCUUGAAAAGAUCUUACGGCGUCAUUCAAGCGUACGAGGGAAGCAAUGUGCUUUUCGAGCUCGACCUCCAGGCUUGCCACGCUUUCAUCAGUGCCAAUUACCCCCCUACAUCUCAUGCCUUCCGCCAAUUCAUCGAUGGUCUCAAGUUCCAGCGGCAGGGUCAAUGGAAGGGAUGUAUCAAAAACAGCACCCACCUGCUAGAAACUUUGUGUAACACGCUUUUCAUGUGGGAUGACGCAGCUCUCCAGGUCACGUAUUCUGCGGCAAACGAGAUCAGUCAUGAAAUUGAAGAUCGCCUCGACCUCAACCCAAACGACGAACAGCAUCAACAAAUCGCGUUCGCCGCAGCUCAGUUAUAUCGAAUUAUUGGACGUCAAUUAGAGCUCCAAUUCUAUGACCAUCUCAAAAGAGCCCUUGGCCGUCCUAAUAUUUGCCACGAGGUUGUUCUUGACGUUGGCCGCGCUAUCAUCUCUCUCCGCCGCCGCCUAGCCUCAUGGACCCAGCGCUGGGACAAGAGCCAACCUUGGGACAGUGUACCAUUUCCACCUGAGAUUGAAUCAUACACUGAUGAAGACAACGAUAACGAUUACAGCUUGGGAGGCGGCUCUAUCAUCGCCGACCGUGUCAAAAAUCUUUGCCUGAUUCUCUACGUUUAUUUUUGCUACAUGAGACGGCGGCUUCCCGUGGAGGAACAAAGCGAUCUAUACACAAUGGAAGUACGGGAUCCAGAAAAUGAUCAAAUGGUGAAGGAAGACCUUCCACAGUAUGAGAGUAUUAAAGGGUUUGAGGAUUGGCUUCAGUUUGACGUUAACUGA